AGAGGUACAGUGCACAAACUCCUGAAAAGCUUGCCAGUUUUACCUAUCCACACACAGCAGGGGAUCUUCUGUCUAAACGGCAACCAUGGACAACCAUUCGUACAACUUCCCCUCGGACUGCACCCCUCUGACCAACUGUAAAUCUGCCCGAAAGCCAGCUGGAUCCACCGUGGUCAACAUGGCCAACGCUGGCAAGUGUCCCCCCAAGGACUAUCUAGUCUGGUCGCUGUGCAACACAUUGUACGUUAACUUCUGCUGCCUGGGAUUCAUGGCUCUCAUCUACUCCAUCAAGGCCAGGGACCAGAAGACUCAGGGAAAUCUGCAGCUGGCGCAGGAGUGCUCGGACAAGGCCAAGUGGUACAACAUCCUGGCCGCCGGCUGGAACAUGCUGAUCCCUCUGCUGGCCGUCGUGCUGCUCGUCCUCCUCCUGAUCCACCUGAGCACCUCCCAGGGCUCCUUCGACUUCUUCGGAGAGGACGGCUUCCAACACUUCAUGAAACUGUUCAGCUGGUAGAUGGAGGCAAAGGGAGGGAAAUAAAGAAUACAAAUAAAAACACCAAUAAGUCUGAAAAUCAACACAUUCACACUAACUGGAGGAGGGUAUUUGAUAGAUUCAGCAGAUGAUGGCUGACAUAAAAAGCUCACAAUAUUUUUGGACUAUCUGAGCCAAGUGUUAGAGGAAGUCUUAAUGGAAAUCAAAACUUGAGCUGGCUAAGAUUUAUCCCACACAUAAGUAUUUUUAACCAGCGAUAAAAGAAAGUAUGAGAAGUAUUUCCUCUUUGGGAUGUACAAAUGCUGGUACUAUAAAUUCUGGCCAUUCCACCAGUAAGAGAUUCACAUAAAACAAAACACUUUUGAACCAGUGUCUUAGAACUACCAAUACUAGAUUAAUCAUCAACACAUUGAUUUGAUUCUUAUUAGAAUAUGUGAGUGCUGUAUUGGUGCAUCCCUAAUUGUGGUAGCAGUAUUUUAGCUUACACUCUCAGACAUGGUCAGUAGAAAUAGAGUCGAAGGGAACAUAAAGAGUUGAGAACGUCUGAGGGAUUGAGCAGUAAGGGUCAUUUCCGGUGUUAUUUAUUGUAUUUAUGUUGAAAGGAAAUUUGAUGACGGCUUGAAUUAUAUUUAGUCCGGGAAAGACCAGAGAGAGCAGAAGACUGUGGAGCCAAAGGCUGAGUGUCUUGAGGAUGAAAAGGCACUUGACAAAGGACAAUCAACAUUCACCUCCCAAUGAUAGUCAUUAUUAUCCUUAUUUUUCAGCUUUUUUCUUGUUGCAUUUUAUUACUUUAACAAAAUCCACAUUUCUGGACAUUCUUCAUCUAUUUUUAUCAGUAUUUUGUUGUGUUAAGUUUUUUAACCUUACAUCAUGCUAUUGCUGAUAUUUU